AUGGCAACAGCGGAGUCCGGAGACCGAGAGACGCAGGCGCACGAGCACUCCACACUUCCGGGACAAGUGUCGGAGGCCGGCCCAUCCGCAGAUUCAGAAACGUUCAAGGAAUGCCACGAGCUACGAGUGGUCGUGGCGCCUUCACAUCUUCCGGACGGAGACGACGAAGGGCGCGGGCAAGGAGGCGAAGGCUCGAAAGCAGUUCAGGCGGAGCUUCGAGGCACCGCAGACACCCGGGACAUCGACUGCGCUGGAAGCAAGCAAGCUACCGAUCAGGAGGACACGGCACCAGCCAUGUGCGCUGAUGUUCCGCCCGCUCCGGAGCCCAUCGCAGAAGUCAAGGGCUCCUCUCUUUCUGGCACCAUCGGGAGAUACAAGCCACACGCCAAAGCCACGGCGAUGACGCUCUUCUCCACCUUCUGCUCUCUCACCUUCAUCGUUACGAUCACGAAUAUCGACCCCGACAGCUACCAGCCUUGCAACGACCCCUCUGCGGCCGGCUGUGUGUACCUCCGGAUUUUUUCUGCAAGAAAUCUGUCCAAAACGGAUGGUUUCUUUGCAAGCGUGCUGAAUGGAGAUCCCGACCUGGUGGGCUUGGCUUUCCCUCACAUGAAAAAACGUCGUGCAUGGCACGGGGAGAUGGAAUCCUGGUGGUCUUUUCACACUGGCAUGCGGGCAAUUUUUUCAGCUGUCGUUGCUCAUUGGGACGACCCUACAGAUCAGCCUCCUGCUCUCUGCCCAAACCUCCCCAACAUGAACAUGACAGCUGACACCAUGCGGGCGUUCUGUAACAGUGUCGAGAUGAAGGAAGGAGUCGAGAAUCAUCUCCUUGGCCCUGGACGACAAGUCUUCGUACUGCUUACCCUCUUCUGGUGCCUCUGCCGGGUUGUUCAUGACUUGCUCGUGCUUGAGAAGAGGAGGCAACUGGCUACGUUGACGGCCUAUGCAGCACUACUCUCCCGAGUUGCUGCAGCUUCGAUGGCUGCGUACUGGGCCUUCGGCAGUACAUCCGUGUUCAUUUCGCCCCAUAAGGUUAAAGACUGUGCUUGCUUCUACCAGAUGCCAGCCGUCCAAGCCCUGCUCACGUUGGUGAGCCCCAUGAUGUUGCUGUACGGUAGUUAUGAAGAGCUGUUGGGUUGGCUGCGUGGGGUCAUUUACGGGGAGUACCUUCACUUCCAGCCCCACCGGAUCCCUCAUCAUGUCGAGCAGUCCAGCCCAUCGUGGACGUCAGGUCAUCUGAUGGUAUGGAAACAGUCCAUUGCGCCUCAAACCCGCAUGCAUCCGCAGUUUUACAAGCACGUGAGUUUUGCAUGCCUCUUGCUCAUUGGCGGGUGGGAGCUAGCAAGCUUCGUCCUCAUCGCUCCACUUGCUCCGAGCAUAUGUGUCCGAGCGGAGGAGGUCAUCACGAAGUUCUUGAAGUCCACUGACAAUCAGGCCAUUGGCUGGCUGUACACCAUGCUGAACUGGGUGAUCUACCUCACACCCUGGAGCUCCCUGGUUUUCGUAGCUGGGGCAUGUUACAUCAUCUAUUUGGGAUAUACGUCGUACCGAACGUGGACAAGCUCACAUCCAACAGAUCCAUCGAAAAGGAAGCAACAGCAAGAGGCCAAAACGGCUGUGUUCGAGGCUGUGUUCUUUUUCGUCUCCGGUGCUGUUCUUUUCGUUGGCUCCUGCUCUGUCAUCGUCAUCUCAUCGAGACCACCCCCAAGCGAUUUGCCACCUCGUGAGACCGCUGUGUUGAGGGCUGAAUUGCGCGCAGUUGGGCAAUAUGUGGGUGCUUUAUCCCUUUCGAUCGCUGUUUUUGCCGCCGCGGUUCUCAAAACCAACAGCGUCGUGGAUGCCUUGAGCGGAAACAGCGUUCUCAAGACGCCUGUGAACUUCCUGACGUUUUGUGGUGAGCAUCCUGAUGUCGUUGACUCAUUUCCCGACUUCAAAAAGCUACAGGAGGUGGCUGGAGGGUUGCUCUCCUCAGCGAGCCGGGAGGUGGACCAAGAGGGGGACGAGGAGGAGAGGGCCAAAAGAGCGAAGCAACACUGGGAGAAGGUGGUCAUGGAGUGGAAUAGCAAGGUGGAGGAGAUCUGGAAUGGCAGGAACGCCGAGUGA